GUCAAAUGUCGGCAACGACAGCCCGGAUCAAGCCUCAUGGAAAGUUUCUGCCUUUGUCUUCCACAACUUUUCGCCGCAAGUUACACUAAUCUCUACAAAGACGCUUUUCACGCGACAUUCGUCCGAAUUUUAACUGCCCGAUCGGCUCACCCGUAUUAUGUCUCAACGGCACAUAUAAUCGAGGUCAAAUCUUAUGGACUAAUGUCCCACUGUCGCAUGAUAAAUAAGCCUGGUAACAAGUGCGACAUCCUUCUGUUCUUCUUGGCCGUGUCUUCUUCUAUCGCCAUUCUAGUGGUGGUGACGACUGUCACAUAAUAUGCAGUUUAUCAAGAACUUGACACGAGGAUUCCCGACCAUUACUGGCAUACGAUGGUUCAACCUUUCUGUCCUCGUUAUCACGCCAGCCCUUUCCCUGUACGGCUUGCUAUAUGUUCCCAUCCUUCGGAAGACUGUCGUUUGCACUAUCCUCUAUUACAUUUACUCCAUGCUCGGCAUCACUGCUGGGUACCACCGGCUUUGGUCGCACAGAUCGUAUAAUGCUUCGUUCCCUUUGCAGGUAUUCCUUAUCCUUGCGGGAGCGAGUGCAGUGCAAGGCUCGUGUUACUGGUGGGCACGCCGACAUCGUUCUCACCACAGACAUACCGACACCGACUUUGACCCUUACAACUCGGAACGUGGCCUCCUCUGGACGCACAUCGGAUGGAUCAUUUUCGAGUCGGACUUGAAAACGGGACCAGCCGAUAUUUCUGAUUUGCGUAAGGAUCCUCUCGUACAAUGGCAGCACCGAUGGUACUUUGUUAUCUUGACUAUUUUUGGCUAUUUGCUUCCAAUGGUCAUUCCUGGCUUGUUGUGGGGAGACUGGAAAGGCGGGUUCUUUUUCGUUGGUGCCCUUCGCAUGACUGCGUGCCAUCAUAGCACUUUUUGUAUCAACUCCGUUGCUCACUAUCUCGGCAGCACACCAUACGAUGACAAGCACUCGCCGCGCGACCACCUUAUAUCCGCUAUUCUUACGAUGGGGGAAGGGUACCAUAAUUUCCACCACCAAUUUCCCAUGGACUACAGGAAUGCAUUCCGAUGGUACCAGUAUGACCCUACCAAGUGGUUCAUCGCUAUGUGCCAUUCCCUCGGGAUUGCCUCCCAUCUUCGUGUUUUUCCCAGCAACGAAAUUGAAAAGGGUGCACUCACGAUGAAGCUCAAGGCUCUCAAGGACGUUCAGGACUCGAUUGAAUGGCCUGUGCCUCUGCAGGAAUUACCCGUUGUAACGUGGGAGACAUUCCAGGAAGAAUCCCAGACUCGCACUCUUCUCCUCAUCUCGGGUUUUAUUCAUGACGCAUCCUUUUUCCUCGAUAGCCAUCCGGGAGGUCCCGCUCUGCUCACACGAAACUCUGGAAAUGACAUGACAGCCUCCUUUUUCGGUGGCAUCUAUGCCCACUCUCACGCAGCGCACAACCUCCUUGCGAUGAUGCGCGUGGGCAUCCUUGCCGGUGGUGUAGAAGUGCCAGCAGAGCAUGCCAUCCCACCCAGUCAACAUCUUGUGAUCCGUACUCAUGCCUCGCAUUAAAGACACAGCCACUUGACCCCAGUUCGUUAGACAACCCACUUGUGUAGUAUUAAUGUGAUCCUUCAUCUUAAAAAUAUACGAGUAUCUAUAGCGUAAAUAUCCAAAUUUGUAGCUUCUAUCAGUACAGUUUUCAACCCCGCUAGAUCAUCCUAUGUAUUUUCUCUUACACUUCGUUACUACUCGCCCCUUGCUUUCUUUCUAUUCUGUACAUACUAGUCUGG